AUGAAACAAAACAUUGAUUUGUUCGUUUUCGUUCUUGGAGUCAGCCUAGCCUUCUUAUUAGUCGACCGACCAGACGCUACUGAAGCCAAAGCUAGCCAAUUUGUGUGUAUCCGAGUGAACAACGACAGGAUCAUGACUUCAAGGUAAAUUUUAUUACCUAAUUUGACCUAUUUUUGCAUUUUUUAAACGAAGAAGAAAAGUUACUUGGACAUGUUUCAUCGUAUAGCAUGUUACGCACAGCUUCCAACCCAUUUUCGCUUAAAAAACAGCAUUUCUGCGUUUUGUAAAGAAAGUUCUUGCCAUUUUAGACUCACUUUUUUACUUUUAGUCAACAAUAUCCAUCAGCCAACGUACGAUGCAUGUUACGAGAAGAAUUUGUCAAACUGCGACGAAGUCGACAAGCUACAGUAGGAACUGCCGUCUAA